UGAAGUUGUGAGCGCCAAAUUCCGUCAAAGGGACAAAAAAAUCCCUAGUUUUCCUUUACUAGACCGCCGCUGCUGCUUCUGCAUCUCCUCACUCUGGCAGGCCGCCGUUGAGCGCUCGCCACCGGACAGCUUAGUUGAAGAAGCGAUACCAGUUCCUCCACCGAACGCUACGUCGGUUCAUUUGCCUCUCUGGAUAAAACCGAGAUGGAAAUGAUGGCCACCGAUGGCAAGUUCUCAGCCAACUUGGAAGUAGACUUUGGAUCCGAAGAAAAUGCUUCAAUUGUACAUGCGGCAUUGGCUGUCGAUAAGGAGUUGCAGCCGGAUAAAGUGAAGAGGGAGAUGGUGGUUUGUGAUGGCAAGUUGUCUGUGUCCUUUGAGGCAGUUGAGGCGAGGUUUCUGCGGGCUUCAUUCUCUGCAUUUGUUGAUGUGCUUACACUUGCAACCAAGACGAUUGAAGCUUUUGGGAAGCUGAAAUAAGUAAACUUGGGAAUAGUCUGCUUAUUGUUUGCUUGCUGGAGGGAGUUCUGUUGGCAAAUGACCUAAGAAGAAAGCUGUUUAUACUCUACCAAUGAUGUAACCUUGUCGCAUGGAGAUUCUGUUCCUGUUAC